GCAUCCUGGCAACAAGCAGCAGCUCCUGGCUAUUGGGGUUUUGACCCUGGAGCUGUCAACAGCUCGUGUACAUUGGGGCUUGGACCCUGCAAAGGCCAACGGCACAUUGAUAUUGUGCUAUUGACCCUGCAAAGGAAAAGAACCUUUGGAUAUUGGUGUUUACACCUUGCAAAGGCCAAGGGCCUUUGGAUCUUGGGGUUUGAACCCUGCCAAGGCCAAGGGCCUUUGGUCACUGGGGUUUAAGCCCUGCCAAGACCAAGGGCCUUUGGUCACUGCUGUUUCCUCACUUCUUGUGGAAGGGGCAGAUGGAGACCCGGCGGGGAGCUCGAGGGCUUUCUCACCAGGGACGUUCCUCCAGAGCCCCUGAGGUGCUGGUAGACAACCGUGACAGCAUGGCCAAUUCCAACAUCUGCACCGACAAUCCUGGGAACAUCCUCUCAACUCUGACAUCCACUGACAAACCACAUCCCUGUGAAUUUGUUUGGGAAGCUGCAGAGAAUUGUGUGCGUGUGUGGCAACAUUUCCAUCAAAGGGAGAAGAGAACCCAGAGGAUCAGAAGCCAGUACCAGCUCAUAGACUCUCUGCUAGAAGAAAUCAGAAGUGACUGUGCAAACCUUGAGAAGUCCAGGGAAAUGCUGCUGCAAUGCACUGGAAUCCCGGAGCCAGGAGCCUUGCGUCUGCACCAGCAGAACACCAAACAGCGGAAAGAACCGUCAGCCCAGGAGGAAAAGGCAGAGCAGCAGGACUGGAUGGAGGUUGGUUUUGGAAAUGACACUGGUUUUCCCUUGGAAACUUCUCUUGCCCCUUCUUGUGCAGUGGAGGACUUGGCUGCACUCAAGGGAGAAGAGCCAUCAUUGCAGAGCCAGCUGGAAGUCAAGAGGCAGACGUUGGAGGACUUGCAGCUUCAGAGGGAUCUGCUGGAGCAAGAGGGAUGAUGUUAGCACGGCUCUGAACACCUUAUUGCUAGGCAGCUCCUGUGAGAGUGGGAGUUGCGGCAGCCAGAUCAGCCCAGAUGCUGUUCCUGGCAGUAGAAGACAGGCACACUGCUGUGCACACCUGGCUCAAGAUGGCACACGCAUUCCUUAGCCAGGGAUAUGCAUGUUCAUCAGCAAAGUGUUGCAUGAUUUGGCAAAUUGUGUUGCUUUGGGCAGCUACAGAGCCUCUAAAACAGGGAAGAGAGCAGGGGAAGGGUCUGGAGCACAGGUGUGACCAGGAGUGACUGAGGGAGCUGGUGGGCUCAGCCUGGAGAAAAGGAGGCUCAGGGGGCACCUUCUUGCUCUCUACAACUCCCUGUGACAGGAAGCUGCAGUGAGGUGAGGGUCAGGCUCUGCUUCCAGGGAACAAGGGCCAGGAGAAGGGGAAAGAGCCCCAAGCUGUGCCAGAGCAGGUUUGGAUUGGGUAUUGCAGGAUAGCUGCAAGAGAAGGCUUUGUUUCUGACGGUCUCUGUCAGGCAGUCUCAGGUCUGGGCAAUGUGGUAGGUGUGGCAAA